AUGUCUAAUGAUUUAACUGAUAUAGUAUUGAAUCAACAAUUUAAAACUUAUAAAACAAACUCAUUAUUAACUCCAGAUGCUGAUAAAUUAACUACUACUCAAUUAAGUAAGCUUCGAUCAUUAUUAGCAAAUUUUAUAUAUGAUAGAUAUCAACAAUAUUUAAAAUCUCAAGAAGAAGAACCAAGAUAUGAAUCAUGGAGAGAUAUACUAAAUGAGAUUAUGAUUAAAAAUAAUACACUAGAAUAUGAAGGUAGAAAAUUACAAUAUCUAAUAGUCUGUCAUCGUAGUGAAAUUAAACUAUUUUCAAAACAAAUAUACUUAUUCAUCAAAAAUGAUUUAAGAUAUCGACAAAAAUUAGUUUUAAUAUUGAAUAAAGUACAAUCUACGUAUCAAUAUGUUAAUGAAUAUAUUAUGGAAACAUUAGAAGAUAUUAAUGAAAUACCAAUGAUUAUAAAACCAAUGAGACUAAAUGUAAUACCUAAAAUUAUAAAUGGUUUACUGGAUCAAUUAAAAUUAUAUGAUAUACAAUUAAUUUAUACACCACCAAUUAAAACGGAUUCAUUAAAGAAUAUGAUAAUAGAUAUAAAUAAAUUAGAUCUACAAGAAAUUAACAAAGGAGAAUUAUAUAAUAAUAUAUGUGAAUAUUUAUAUAAACAAACAAAGAUUAAAUUUAAUAAAAUAACACUUGUUAAAUUUACAAGCGCAUUAAUAAGUUUAAACAAUGAUGGUAAAUUUAAGAUUAAUUAUAUGAUAGACGACCUAAAUCUGAUUAAUAGAGUCAUAUGGUUAUUAAUUGAUUCAAUAAGACAAUCUAUAGUAGUGUAA